CAGUACUGUACAUCCUUUGUAGAAAAAAUAUUUUUAAGUCUGUGUUUUACAGUUUCCGGGUUGUUUCCAAUGUGUAAAAAUAGUUAAUAGUAAAAGUGUGACUAACUUCACGAUUGUAGCUCAGUGCUACUAUUAUAUGACUCAUCUGUUCAUAACAACCCAUCGGCUAAUGUAGUUAAUGUUAUGUUGGCGCAUCCUGGUGUUAUUUGUGGUCAAAACAGUCAUACAUGAAAUAACUUUAUGAUCAUGUUAAACAUUGUUGUAAUGGCAUCAUACACAAGUAAAAAUGUCUGAUGCCACUGACAAGGGAACACAAUGAAAUGACACGUUCAAUUUAAGUGGAAGUUUUUGGAUAAAUGACACAAGUCAACAAAACAUAAUAUCUUUAUCAUUGUUUGUAGAUAUUUUUUAUGUGAAAAUUUUACAUGCUGUAAUUAAAAAAAAUGCUACAGUGCUUGAUUGAAUAUGCUACUUUUAUUUUGGGUGUUCUCAUUUUUUGUCCCAAAUCAAAUACAUAAGUCCGUAAAUUGACCCUACAUGUAUGAAUACAGCGUUAGCCCUGUGCUAAGGUUGUAUCUAGCAGCUCAUAAGUAACUGUAUAUAUUGUACAUAUAGCACUUAUGUAGUUACGCAAUGCCAACAUUCAAAUUCAAAUUUCAUUUGUCACAACAAGUUACACAGAUGAGUUAUGAAUGGGUGCUUAUGUGUUCUAGAAUAUUUGGCAACAUUUACAAUUAACUGAGCACAGAAAAAGAAUUGGUGUCUGAUUAUUAAUUGUUGCUCUCUGUUGCAGAUGAAUAUGCUGUGCAGAAAUAGAGACACACUUCAAACAUAAUCAUUCAAUUAGAAGUGUGUAUAGUACCAUCGGCAAGCAGGGAAAUGCGUCGCAGAAUCUCUGAGCAACAUGCUGACUCACACAGGCUGCUGCCCCUGGUUGUCACUGACGCUGUUAAUCACUGAUAAUCAUUAUUAUGUGGUAACCCAGACGAGUGAGUCACAUUAGAAUGACAGUUUGGCUGAUGGUAGGUGGGUUUUUCUUCUUCUGGUGUUAGUCAUCAUCUUUUUUCCCCUUCUCUCACUCGUCUUUUCAUCUACUCCUUUUUUUUUACUAUUCUGAUUGCAUCCCAUCCAGGCUAUUUAUAAUCUUAACAUGCACAUUUAUUUAUUCUCUAUUUUUCAUCUUUUUGCCUCUUUUGUGUUAUUGUACUUGUGCUAGUUUACCAAGAUCCAGCUUAAAUUACUUUAUUCCUACCCAAUAAUUGAUAAUGUCAUAUCGACAUUGAAAUAAUAUCAAUUAUUAUCAAACACUGGAACAAAAAUGUUAAGAUGCAAAUGUUGUGUAUGUGAAAGUUAGGGUUUGCACCUGGAUCUAGGUAACUUUUCAUCCAAUCAUAAUCCAUCUCCUUUCUCUCUGUUAGACCAGAAUGACCACUUGUUCCUGAGUCAAAGAUGCAUGCUCCCUUUUGGAUCCCUCUGACCGCCAAUGAGCUGAUCCAACCCUCCCAUCACAGUCCAAUCACCACUUCCAUUGUCCUCUGCUGAUCUCUGCUGUUUUCUAGUCUUCUCCCCCUCAGUCAGUGAUCUAGUCUGACCAUCUGCAUGCCUAACAGAGAGGAAGGGAGGCAUUCGCAGGUUGUUUGAUUGGACAGAUUCUCCCUGCUAUUCAUGAAGAGUCAGCAGGACGAUAUGCAGCAGGGAGACAAAAGUCAAAUGGAGCCAGAGGGGGUGGGACCCAGUUCAGGUUCUGUGACAAGGGGGUCACAAGGCUCAGGUUUGAAGAGGGCCUUUUCCGAGUCAGAUCACCCUUCCUUGAUUAAGAUGAGCCAAAACGCCAGGGCAAGCAUGGGGGUUCUUGGCCAGGGUUUGAAGCAGCUGUUCCAACAGCAGCGUAAACGUCUCUCCCUCUCUCGCUCCACCAUCACUUCCUCAUCAUCCUCCUCAUCUUCCUCUGUGGUGUCAGCAUGUGGCACUUCCCCUUGUGCCCCCGAUGAUGCCUCAGGGUCUUGUUGUCCUGAUUCUGACAUCUUCUCUGCUCCUAUGGUUCCUUCUGCAGCUGGCCAGGGCUCAGCCGCUGCAGGCAUGAUGAGGCGUGGGACCAGCCUGCAGAGCCGGCGAAGUAAGGGUUCUGGGUCGGGAUCUGGGAGUGGAGAUCGUGAUCCUCUUCUGAAAGGUAGCCCUCAAGCCCCGCAACGCCGCUACACCCAUGAUCCACAGCAGCAUAUUAGCCGCCCACGCUCCUCCUCCACCACCGAUACCACACCCAGCAGCCCUGCCCCAGGAUAUUCCAGCGGCGAUGCAUUGUUGUCAUCAGGUUACCAGUCCACAGAAGAGACAGACAGGAUCGACCGGCUGGAAGUAAGUGGCCUGGGUCAGGCACCCCUGUCUGUUUCAUGUGGGGCAGACAGUUCGUUCCAGGGGGGUGAGGAUAUCACCCCAGACCCUCACCGCACCAAGCAGGCCAUCGCCCAACUGCAACAGAAAAUCCUCAAGCUCACAGAGCAGAUUAAGAUCGAGCAGACAGCCAGAGAUGACAAUGUUGCAGAGUACCUCAAACUGGCCAACAACGCCGACAAACAGCAGAGCACACGCAUCAAACAGGUUUUUGAGAAAAAGAACCAGAAGUCGGCACAGACCAUCCAGCAGCUGCAAAGGAAACUGGAGCACUACCACCGGAGGCUGCGAGAAGCGGAACACAACGGUAUCCCACGCCAGCCCAAGGAUGUUCUGCGGGACAUGCAGCAGGGCUUGAAGGAUGUCGGAGCCAAAGUCACAGGCUUCAGUGAGGGCGUGGUGGAUAGUGUUAAGGGUGGCCUCUCCAGCUUCUCACAGGCUACCCACUCCGCUGCUGGUGCAGUCGUCUCCAAACCACGAGAGAUCGCCUCCCUUAUUCGCAACAAAUUCGGGAGCGCUGAUAACAUCCCUUCACUUAAAGACUCUCUGGAUGACCCUUCAGUAGAAGAAGGUGUGACAAGUACUGGAGUACGUUCCCUGGGAAGCACUGGGCAUCACUUUCAGUCCAGUCCGAAGUAUGGUAGCGAGGAUGACUGCUCUAGUGCUACAUCAGGCUCAGUGGGGGCUAAUAGCACAACAGGGGCCCCUGGGGGUCCCCCCAGUUCCAAGGGAAACACACUGGAGAGGAGCCAGAGUUCCAGCUUUGACAUGCUGCUGCAGGAGGUUCAGGAGUUGAGAGAUGGCCAGGCAAGGCUAGAGGAGAGCCUGGAAGGUUUGAAGAGCCACUAUCAAAGAGACUACACAGUUGUUAUGCAAGCACUGCAGGAAGAACGCUUCAGGUGUGAACGUCUGGAGGAGCAGCUCAACGAUCUCACAGAACUUCACCAGAAUGAGAUCCUCAACCUUAAACAGGAGCUGGCCAGCAUGGAGGAGAAGAUCGCCUACCAGUCCUACGAAAGAGCCAGAGACAUCCAGGAGGCUUUGGAGGCCUGUCAAACCAGGAUCUCUAAGAUGGAGCUGCAGCAGCAGCAACAGCAGGUCGUCCAGUUGGAGGGGUUGGAAAAUGCCACAGCCCGGACCCUCCUGGGAAAACUUAUCAAUGUGCUGCUGGCCCUAAUGGCUGUCCUUCUGGUCUUUGUUUCAACUGUGGCCAACUGUGUGGUCCCUCUGAUGAAGACGCGCUCACGCUCGCUCUCCACCCUCCUCCUCAUCCUCCUGCUGGCCUUCUUGUGGAGAAACUGGGACGCUCUCUCGGGGUAUACGCACCGUGCACUGCAGCCCCCGGGAUGACCAGAUUACAUUCAGCACAUGUUGCUUUGGUGACAACAAGAAAUGUAACUGUAGCUGCAGUCUGCAGUCGGUUCAGCUGAGCACAUUCGGAAGCGGCCUGGAUAAAGAGCAAGAAGAAGUGUGAAGAAGAGUGAAGAAGAGAACAUUCACAUUUAGGAAGGACAAGACUGUUUACAUUUUUAAAAUGAACUUUUGUGUUGUUAUUCCUCACAGAAUGCAGUAUUGUACUGUUUUUACCCUUAGAGUUUAAUCAAUUAUAAUGUUAUUUCUAAUAAUAUUAUUUUAUUUUCAAUGUUAUUUUAUUCAGUACCAUGUAGCAUUACACUCCUCUCACUCUACACGAAGAGGAGUUUAGUCAGGAAACUGGGCUGGAGAGCUGCCACAAAGGCCCAGUCUAAUUGUAGAGACAUGCAAAUGUGAGAAUGCGGUUGAUUGCCUUUAGGAAGAGAACUCCUACUUAGCUGUGAUUAGUAGUUUUGAACCAUGGCUGAAAAACCUUCCUGGAAGUUUCACCUUUCUUGCUGUGAUGAAAUUUGUUCAGAUAGAACAUUUUGAAGGAAUGAGCGUCAUGCUGACGUACAAUUUCUAAUGGCAAAGAUCGCUUUUACCGUUUUUUAAAGUUAAAAAAGAAUUGAAAAUAGGGAAGAUAAUGAAUGGCACAAAGACUCUAGAGGGGAAAGCUGAGAUGGUGUGCCCACCAUAAAAACAGCACAUGAAUACUACAGAGAACAUCUGGCUGCUGUCUAGCACUUGCCAUAUUUGAAACUUGUAUACAGUGCUGCACGUUGUCAUGAAGAAAAUUACUUUCAAAGCAGAUUUACUUUUAAAAGCGAUGAUAAAGGGCUGUUGUCCAAGUAAAAUUAGGUUGCCAGGACAAUUGGCCUCCCACCACACCAUUAUGAUGUGAUCAAGUUAAGGAAGAAGGGGAGACCACUGGUGCUUUUCCAGUUCUGUCUCAGAACCACCAUGAAUACUGCUGCUUCAAAUCUACAGUGCAAGUCAUCUCCACUGCCAUGCCAGUCAAAUGCACAUUGCCUGUAUGUGACUUUAUACUACUGACACAGUCUCCCUGCGUUUUAUCUUUUCUUUCUUUCUUUUUUUUUAAAUGUACCACCGUAUCUCUAUGUCAAGGUGUUAUCACCCAGUGCCAAACUGAAGUUAGCCCAGGGAUGCCUAAGCACCCCAAAGGUCCAAGCAGCAGCUGUGGCUUCUUUCCAGAUAUGUCAUGAAUGUCUUGCCAGAUGCAACUUUUGUAAGGGGGAAAGUAAUUCGCAAUCUGAACAUGACCUUGCCUCCAGAUGCUCAGUAGUGUGUUUCUACACAUUUUGCUUCCAUGAGUAGAGCUCCUUGGCUCGGCAUUUGGCCUCUCUUUUACUCUCACUUUCUAACCUAGUCAAGGACACUACAAGAUGACCUAGCACGUUAACUAGUCUGCACUGUAUUUAAUGCCAAGAAGCUGAUUUCCUAACAGACAUUGUGAUCAUUUGAACUGUACAGCUGCACUUUAGCACACUGAUAGAUAGCAUGUAGGUCAGGCCUUUGAUAGAGACUACAAAGCUUGACACUCUCUGAGAAGAGAAGCGCUGAUGCAGGUUGAAACUGCUGACAUGCUUUUCUACAGGAAAUAAAAAAACAAGGAAAUUCAGUGCAUUUUUUUUGUCAAAAUGUGAGUAAACUUGAUUCCUCUCAAGUUGAACCGCAGUAGGCAGAUUUAUUGAUCUGUCAGUGAUGUGUAAUCAAAGGUACAAUAGACAAGUUGGGAGUGAGCUGACCUUUGACUUUAGUUUGUCCUUGCAGCAGCACCUCUGAUCUUGGGUUGUGUGCUAAACCACUUCAGUGCCUUCUGAUGUCCUUUUCUAAGUGUGGAAUAAAUAAAGUGCAUUCCUGACUAAUU